AGACAAUCUUCUGAUUUUGAAUAAUAUUCUCCUUGAUUUAAAGCGGCCGUAAUACACAGGCCGGCUUGCACUGUUCUUCUUCACAUACAGGUUGUUCGAACAAGGACCUUUUCGUGACCGGAGUUCUUCGCUGUGCACUCUGAGGGUCGCUCUAGACAUUUACUGCUCAACCAUGCUCCGUCUGAUGCACUAUGCCAAUGCCGUGGACGUUCUGGGCGACGAUGGUCUGAAGCGGUAUGGCCGCGUCGUGGACGUGGCGGACGACGGCCUCUUCGUUGAUCUGCUCUAUCCCAACCGACGGCGUGAACACGUUCCCUUCGACCGGCUCUUCUUGCCCAUCGUGGCUAGCCGAGCUCAGGCGCUUCCCAAUACUCACCCGGAAUUUUCUAAAUUUCCCGUGGAAGUUCUCGUGCCGGAAACGCCGGUGGGCCCGUUGGUUUGGCUGCCGGCCGAAGCGGUCAGUUUAGGACGCUGUGAGUCGGUGGACGCGUUCGCAGGCGCCAUAAUCCAUUGGCGACGCAAGGACGACGGGCUGCGAUGCACCGACAUCGUCCCCUGCCAACGCAUCCGUUGGCCACUGCGGAGAGCACUCGAACUGGACCGUCACAUUCAGCCGGGGACCUUCUUCAAGGGUACGGUGCCGCUGGGCAACGCAUUUCCCGUGGUGUCCAGUGACGAAGCCGAGGACCUCAUCCGACGAUUGAAUGAUCCUGCUCUGCGUAACGUUUCCUGUCCCUGUACAGUCGAUGUCGUGGAGCUUGUGAAUGGCCGUUUGGGGUACAUCUACCCGCUGGAGACCCGGGAAAUAGUUGGAAUGUCGGAUCCCCGUUACGGGCGAGCCCUGGCGUCCUUCGCCAAUUUCCAAGCGGAACUGCUGCGGAUGUCGACGUUGUCGGAGGAAGUUAACGAGGAGACGGCGCUGCCGAUGAAAGUGUGGCAGGAGGUAUUUUCGCAAGUGGGAACGGUGACGCAGACGCAGCUGCGGGCGGUGUGCAAAGCGUGGAACCGGCUGAUGGACACGCCCGCACUGCGCGGCCGUCUGCGGAUCGGAGACUUCGUUGACUCCAACGUUGACGGCGGGAAUUUCUUGCGUAUGGCCAGCGUUUUCAAGCGCUUACAGCCGGGCACGCAGGACGUUGUGGUGCACUCGUGCUAUCGGCGUGGCCCUUCGGCGCUGAAUACUUCGGACCUGCUGAUGCUCUGCGAUAUGAUCCGCUAUGUGGCACGGCACCGCUCCGGCAUCCGCUUGCGGCGUGUGCACUGGAAUCGCUUCACUGUGGAGCUGCAGAUGGACGGAACCGGCAAUUUGCCGGACAGCGGUGAGUGUGUCCUGCAUCCGUCUGUUCCGGCAGCGACCGAAGAACGUACCACUUUUCGCUAUCAGUUGGAGGAAUUUAUCGCCGCGUGCGGCCGCUUGCCAUGCGAUGCGGUUCACAUGACCAGCUGCGUUCUGCGUGUGCUGUGCGGCUGGUUUUACCGCGAGUACGGUGAGCGCAAAAACCGAAUGGUUCGUGUGGGGAUCAGCAUUCCUUCGGUGCGGCUGCCGACUGGUCGGAACUUGCGCUGCGCGUUGUGGGAUGCACUGGACGCCGCGCUGCCGGUGGCGAAUGAGCAGGAAAUACGAAAGCUGUUGUUCCGGGCUGAACUCGAGAACUCGUUCGAUCUGAAGAAAGUCAUCGCCUUGGUGUUGUGCGCGCUGCAGUCGGCUGAUCCGCGUUCAUCGGCGCAUUACCGCGGGAAAAAGUGGUGCGUGGACGGGCUGGAGGACUUACGGCUGGCACACCUGUCGCGUAUUAGUCGGCAGUUUCUCGUUCAGCUACAGCGGGAUACGGAUGCAUCGUAUUUUGGUUGA